AUGAUUUUUCCACCCAGUGUUAUAUCUGUGGGUUCGUCUGUAUUAAGAGUGUGGAUGUCUGUGUGUAAAUCUGUCUGGGAAUAGAUGUUUGUUCUGAUGGCUACAUUAUUUAUUUGGUGCCUUUUUUUUUUUCCCCUGCAGUGGGUCGGCUCACCGUGUGGCUUGCACGGACCUUACAUUUUCUACAAGGCUUUUCAAUUCCACCUUGAAGGCAAACCAAGAAUUUUGUCCCUUGGCGACUUUUUCUUUGUAAGAUGUACGCCAAAGGAUCCGAUUUGCAUAGCGGAGCUCCAGCUGUUGUGGGAAGAAAGGACCAGCCGGCAACUUUUAUCCAGCUCUAAACUUUAUUUUCUCCCCGAAGACACUCCCCAGGGCAGAAAUAGCGACCAUGGCGAGGAUGAAGUCAUUGCUGUUUCUGAAAAGGUGAUUGUGAAACUUGAAGACCUGGUUAAGUGGGUACAUUCUGAUUUCUCCAAGUGGAGAUGUGGCCUUCGAGCUGGGCCAGUGAAAACUGAAGCUUUGGGAAGAAACGGACAGAAGGAAGCUCUGCUGAAGUACAGGCAGUCAACUCUCAACAGUGGACUCAACUUCAAAGAUGUUCUCAAGGAAAAGGCUGACCUUGGGGAGGAUGAGGAAGAAUCGAACGUGAUAGUUCUCAGCUAUCCUCAAUACUGCCGAUACCGCUCUAUGCUGAAGCGUAUCCAGGAUAAGCCAUCUUCCAUUCUAACAGACCAGUUUGCAUUAGCCCUGGGGGGCAUCGCGGUGGUCAGCAGGAACCCUCAGAUCCUGUACUGUCGAGACACCUUUGAUCACCCCACUCUCAUAGAAAAUGAGAGUAUAUGCGAUGAAUUUGCGCCAAAUCUUAAAGGCAGACCACGCAAAAAGAAACCAUGCCCACAAAGAAGAGACUCAUUCAGUGGAGCUAAGGAUUCCAACAAUAAUUCCGAUGGUAAAGCCGUUGCCAAGGUGAAAUGUGAAGCCAGGUCAGCUUUGACCAAGCCGAAGAAUAACCAUAACAACUGUAAAAAAGUCUCAAAUGAAGAAAAACCAAAGCUGGCUAUUGGUGAAGAGUGCAGGGCAGAUGAGCAGGCCUUCUUGGUGGCACUUUAUAAGUACAUGAAAGAAAGGAAAACACCGAUAGAACGAAUACCCUAUUUAGGUUUCAAACAGAUUAACCUUUGGACUAUGUUUCAAGCUGCUCAAAAACUGGGAGGAUAUGAAACAAUAACAGCCCGUCGUCAAUGGAAACAUAUUUAUGAUGAAUUAGGGGGUAAUCCUGGGAGCACCAGCGCUGCCACCUGUACCCGCAGACACUAUGAAAGAUUAAUUCUACCAUAUGAAAGGUUUAUUAAGGGAGAGGAAGAUAAGCCUUUGCCUCCAAUCAAACCUCGGAAACAGGAGAACAGUUCACAGGAAAGUGAGAAUAAAACAAAAGUAUCAGGAACCAAACGCAUGAAACAUGAAAUGCCUAAGAGCAAGAAGGAGAAAGAGAGUGCCUCGAAGCCCCAGGAUGCACCUGAGGUGAGUUGCUGUGCUCACCUCCUCCAGGUCUCCUAGAACCCAUAACCCACAGCUGGGUUCCUGCAUAGCUCAUACUAGACUGAGAAAUCAAAAGAACAUACUUUCUGAUUCCCCAAACAGUUCCCCAGUUCCUGAAAACUCUUCCUUUUGCUUGGAAGCUGAAAUGCAAUGCAUCAUGGUACAGAAUGAGAUAGGCCAAGAAUAGAAUCUAGAAAGACGAGAACAUCCUGUAGGAAACUGAUAGCAAAAGCUUUGCCUUUAAGAUAGAAGGAGUCAGAGCUGCAGCUCUUUGAAACCAAGGCAUUCUAUUGUGAAGAUGUGGCUUCUUGGCCAUUUCACAGUUUAUCUGAGGAGUCACCAUAACUUUCCAGGAUCCAGGGUGGAGGGUCAUUGAAAUCGCCAUUGCUGUGUCCCUAUAGGACUCUCCAGAAAGUUUUAGAGAUGAGUUUCCCUCCUAUAAUUGACCUCUGUGCAACAGUCCUGGGUUGAGACCAAUUUUGCAAGAUCUUAAGUACAUAGUGUUUAUGGGGAAAUUUUGAAGUGGUUGCUCUGAAGCCAUUAUUAUCUCUCAUAUUAACAGGUAGUUUUUGAACCUUUUAAACAAGCC